AUUUUUCGCUGCGCUUUGCUGUGGAUUUGUGUCAUAGAAAGUAUUUGGAUUACCUAAUUUUAGAAUAUCUUGUGAAAUAUUUCUUUAUAGUUGGCAAUAAGUUAAAUUGGUUUAUUUAUAAGUGACAAAAUCUAAUAAACUUUGGGCGAUCAUAACUGAAAUUAAAAUGCAGAUUUUUGUGAAAACUCUUACGGGUAAAACCAUUACCUUGGAAGUAGAGCCGUCUGAUACUAUCGAAAAUGUAAAAGCUAAAAUUCAAGACAAAGAGGGUAUUCCUCCUGACCAGCAGAGGCUUAUUUUUGCUGGAAAGCAACUGGAAGAUGGAAGAACCCUAUCUGAUUACAACAUUCAAAAAGAGUCUACUCUUCACUUAGUUUUACGCCUUCGAGGUGGUAUGCAAAUUUUCGUCAAGACACUCACGGGUAAAACGAUCACCCUGGAAGUCGAGCCAUCUGAUACAAUCGAAAACGUAAAAGCCAAAAUUCAGGAUAAGGAGGGAAUCCCUCCUGAUCAGCAGCGUCUGAUUUUUGCAGGCAAACAAUUAGAAGAUGGUCGCACUCUCUCCGACUAUAACAUUCAAAAGGAAUCAACAUUGCACUUGGUGUUAAGGUUACGUGGAGGAAUGCAAAUUUUUGUAAAAACCUUGACUGGUAAGACCAUUACUUUGGAAGUAGAGCCCUCAGACACAAUUGAAAAUGUUAAAGCCAAAAUUCAGGACAAAGAAGGCAUCCCUCCUGAUCAACAACGACUUAUCUUUGCUGGUAAGCAACUUGAAGAUGGUCGUACUCUUUCUGACUACAACAUUCAAAAGGAAUCCACCCUACACUUGGUACUUCGAUUGAGAGGUGGAAUGCAAAUAUUUGUGAAGACCUUAACUGGGAAGACCAUCACCUUGGAAGUUGAACCCUCAGAUACCAUUGAGAAUGUAAAGGCCAAAAUCCAAGAUAAGGAAGGUAUCCCUCCAGACCAGCAGCGUUUGAUCUUUGCAGGAAAACAGCUUGAAGAUGGACGAACUCUCUCUGACUAUAAUAUCCAAAAGGAAUCUACACUUCAUUUGGUCCUGCGUCUGAGAGGUGGUAUGCAAAUAUUUGUGAAGACCUUGACUGGAAAGACCAUCACCUUGGAAGUUGAGCCUUCAGACACAAUUGAGAAUGUGAAAGCUAAGAUCCAAGAUAAGGAAGGUAUCCCUCCAGACCAGCAGCGUUUGAUCUUUGCUGGCAAGCAACUUGAAGAUGGUCGCACUCUCUCUGACUAUAAUAUUCAGAAAGAAUCAACCCUUCACUUAGUCCUGCGUCUGAGAGGUGGUAUGCAAAUAUUUGUGAAGACUUUGACUGGAAAGACCAUCACUUUAGAGGUUGAGCCUUCAGACACAAUUGAGAAUGUGAAGGCUAAGAUUCAAGAUAAGGAAGGUAUUCCUCCAGACCAGCAACGUUUAAUCUUUGCUGGUAAACAGCUAGAAGAUGGACGCACUCUCUCUGACUACAAUAUCCAAAAGGAAUCUACACUUCAUUUGGUCCUGCGUCUGAGAGGUGGUAUGCAAAUAUUUGUAAAGACCUUAACUGGCAAAACCAUCACUUUGGAAGUUGAGCCUUCUGACACAAUUGAAAAUGUAAAGGCUAAGAUUCAAGAUAAGGAAGGUAUUCCUCCUGACCAACAACGUUUGAUCUUUGCUGGAAAACAGCUUGAAGAUGGACGCACUCUCUCUGACUAUAAUAUCCAAAAAGAAUCCACACUCCACUUGGUCCUUCGUCUGAGGGGUGGUAUGCAAAUAUUUGUGAAGACUUUGACUGGAAAGACCAUCACUUUAGAGGUUGAGCCUUCAGAUACAAUUGAGAAUGUAAAGGCUAAGAUUCAAGAUAAGGAAGGUAUUCCUCCUGACCAACAGCGUUUGAUCUUUGCUGGUAAACAGCUAGAAGACGGACGUACUCUUUCUGAUUACAAUAUUCAAAAGGAGUCUACUCUUCAUCUGGUUCUCCGUCUUCGCGGUGGUAAUUAAAAUGUAUUAUCAAGCUUAACUAUUGCAGUAUUAGACAAAUUGUUAAUUUGAUGUAACCAUUCCAAUAUUGACAUUAAUAAAUAGCUUGGCAUCUGAA